AUGGAGGACCCUCUCCUCCAUCGAUGGGAGAGGAGGAGGAGUCAAGACACAGUAGUUGAGAAGAAUCGAGACACAGGAGUUGAGAAGAGUCGAGGCACAGGAGUUGAGAAGGGUCGAGACACAGGAUUUGAGAAGAGUCGAGGCAAAGGAGUUGAGAAGAGUCGAGGCACAGGAGUUGAGAAGAGUCGAGACACAGGAGUUGAGAAGAGUCGAGGCAAAGGAGUUGAGAAGAGUCGAGGCACAGGAGUUGAGAAGGGUCGAGACACAGGAGUUGAGAAGGGUCGAGACACAGGAGUUGAGAAGGCUCGAGACACAGGAGUUGAGAAGAGUCGAGGCACAGGAGUUGAGAAGGGUCGAGACGCAGGAGUUGAGAAGGCUCGAGGCACAGGAGUUGAGAAGGGUCGAGACACAGGAGUUGAGAAAAAAUGA